AGAGAAAUCUUUGAGGCGUUUCCUUGAGAGCAAAUUUCCCCUAAAACUUAAAGAAAAAACUUUAAUUAGAGCUCUGACCUCACAUUCAAGCUAAAUCUUUCUUUCUUGAUCUCUUCCUUAUUCUCAGUUUAUAUGAAAUGUCCAUUGUUCUAUUCAGAAUCAGAGUGACAAAUGUGAACAGGACUAUUCCUGUAGCACUUUGAUCUGUUUCCUGUGGAUUUGGACCUCUACUGUCCUUCAGAUACCAGGACUAUAAACAGACCAGGAGUUUCUUGUGUGCAAAUGUGCAACUACGUGGCAUGGAAGUAAUUUUAUGAUUUCCAAACCAGGGAAGUCAUAAAUGAGUCUUAGAUCAUUUUCUACAUCUCUACUUUUAGGUUUUAUGGGUUUAAAUAUAUUCAUUCAAGGAUCAGUACUACGUGUUCUCCAGGCAAAUAGUGACAUUUUAUGGCACUAUCAAGUAAAUAUUUUACCUUCAGUUGUAAUUAAAAAAAAACAGCUCUAUGUAUCUAAUAUGGCUUAAUAGAAAUUUGAUUUCCUAAUUGAAUGCCUUGAAAUUGGGCUGCUGUCACUUUAAGAAGCUCCUUCUCUUUCAGAAACUCUGCCUUCUGGAAGUCAUUGCAACAUGGCUCCUCUAUUAACCCUGUAACAACGUUUUUACCAGUGUUGCUCUGACAUGUGGCUCCGAUAAUGAGCUCAGCAGAUGCUCAGCUCCGCCAGUUGUUUGCUAAUUGCUGCUGGCUAGUCUAAAGGAGCUGAGUGGGGGAGGCUGCAGCUCUGAGAAGGAGCUUUGUUGCUUCGACUUCGAAGGCAGAGCUGGGUCCAACCGGGCGUUAUAUGUAGUGGAGUGGUUACCAUGGAGAUUAAAGGAUUCCUCAAACAUGCAUGAAAGAAUCAAAGUGACAUUCCCGGUGUUUUUGACGAGGGAAUAACAUUAUAACAUGAUGUAGAGCUUAAAAAAAAGAGAGAGAGAGAAACAACUUUACAAAAAGCCCCUUUAAGUAAAAAGUCAUGACAUGUCACAAAACUGCCAAUUAGACAGACUUUUAAGGAAAAUAUAAAGAAAAGGGAAUAAACCGGUUCAUUAAACCCCCAGAUCAAUCAGGAUGAAUGAGCCUCUAAACGUGUUGAUGAAGUUAAAGUGACCGAUCCCAGUUUCUCCCAGCCGGACCAGAACAGGGGGGGAUCCCAGCCUGCAUCAGCUGCUCUCAUGAUCGCUGGAAUGUUUUUAUUUUACCGCCACAGGCCGAUGUUUGAGAAGGGGGGGAUCACUUUCCCUGUCGUCGCCUCAGCUUGAUUUAGAUGUCCGUGGAAAUGGCGCAGCGCGUUGCUCUGCGCGCCCAGCGGGCUUUGCGCCCUGAGCAGAGCAAAGGAGAGAUCUCUCUCUCUCUGCCUGUCUCUCUCUCUCUCUUUCUCUCUCUCUGUGUCUCUCUUUAAACAGAAAGGAGGAGAUCUAAAUCAAAUAUCAGCAUUUCAUCCUUCUUGUGACGAGGUUCUACCUGGCGGCGCUGUGGACGCGACGAGCCAGAAUGUUGGAACAGUUUUCCUGGCAGCGCGCCUGCGGCUCGGCUUGUUUGUCCGCUCCAGACUCCGGGGCGCAGAGAUCCUCCGCGAACAGAGAACAAAUGGCUUCUGGGCAUAAAGCGUCUUAAAAACAACAACAAAAAAAAAAACAAAAAAACAAAACGAACUUCCUCCUGCUGUCUGAUCAGAAAGAAGAGGGGGGAGAAACGACGAAGCGGUCUCAGCUGUGCGCUACGUGGCACAACGAAACGCGGCGAUGCGCCGUCGGAUCUGCGUCCUGAUUCCGCUGCUGCUGCUGCUGACGGUUCUGGUGCCGGUCUGGCUGGCGGAGACGGCGCGGGCUCGGAAGAAAGCCGCCAGAAGCCGGCCGUGUCUGGACCUGCCGCAGGAGGUCCUGGAGCAGAUGUUCGGGCGGCUCUCGGUGGGGGUGAUGAGCGCCUUCCACUACGCUCUGCAGCUGGAGCCCCGGGAGCAACAGAACCUCACCUGCCCGACCGCGGCACCGGGCCCGGCCGACACCAAGACCCGCCUCCCGGUCAACCUGCGGAGCAUCUCACCCUGGGCCUACAGGAUCUCGUACGACCCGAACAGAUACCCCCGCUACGUCCCGGAGGCCUACUGCCUGUGUAAGGGCUGCCUGGUCGGGCCGUACGGAGGGCAGAGCCAGCGGUACCGCAGCGUCCCGGUCUUCGCUCCCUCCGUCAUCCUGCGGAGGACGGGCUCCUGUGUUGCUGGACGCCACUCCUACACCGAGAUCUACGUCUCCGUGGCCGUGGGGUGCACCUGCGUGCCGCUGAUGGAGAAGGAGCGAGACGGCCAGAGCAGCAACAAGAGCGUGGAGGGAGUGAAGCCCAAAACCAGACAGAUGUUUUCUACUGGGAAGAAGUCGUGAAGGAGACCUGGAGGGGGUAGGGGGGGGGGGACAUAUGACCUUUGACACAUAGACAGCUUUGGUUAAACAAAAGCUGAAUUUCAACAAUUGGACUCGAACAUUGUACACCCAGGAAGACUUUAUUUAUAAAUUCAAGAAAAAACUGGACGAAAGUGGUUGCAAGAUUUUAAUUUGGAGCAACGAGAGUAAAGAGGCUGAAAACAUUAUACCAUUAAAAACAGAAAAAUACAAAUAUUUAUGACAUUUAUUUUUUCUUUUUUGCAUCGAGCUCCGUCUGAAUUUUGUCUUGCUUGCCCCAAUUUUGCAAAAAAGUCCACCAAUCUAUCAAUCAUCUUCUCCUUGAUCUGGGUCUCCUUCAGGUUUGACAUAAUUUCCCCGACCGAUGCCGCCCUCUACUGGUGGGGAAAGUAGCUACAGUUCAGUUACCGAGUUUUAUUUACCCGGAUAAAACACACCAAGGUUUUAUUAAAACGUCCCAGCAUGACGAAAGGAUUUUGGCUCCUUCAGUUUGUUGUCUUUUUCUGCCUCUUAAACUAAAAUUUAAGAGGCUUAAUUUAAUAACUCGUGCCCACGACUUAAUGACUGUAGUGGGAACGACUUGUUCGACUUGUGGCCACGAGUCGUGUUUUUUUUCUCUCCCUUGUCUCCCAUUUGUCGGGCUCCCUCCUCUACUCUGAUACUACUAAUAUAAAAACCUGAUUUUGAACCGUCUUCCACUUUUUAUCACACAGCUGUUUUUAUGGAACUCAGUUUAUCAGGGAAGCGAUUCGAUUUGAUCCCGAUAUUUAGGGUUUGAGAAAGAGACAAUUUUCGAUUAAGAAACCAAUUUCUAUGUUAGAGCCGAGAGUCUGAUUGAAUUAUGAGGCUGACAAGAGGGUAAAAAAAAAUUAAAAACCAUUUAAAACAAUUCUAUAUGCUUCCACAUUAUUCCGUUUAAACAAAAAUAGGUUUGUGCAUCGUAUUAUGUAACUUAAAUUACUAUUACUAAGUUAGCUUAGCCGUCUUGUUUUUCCUAAAUAAUAAUAAAAAAAAUUAUUAAAAUAUUUUACAAAAAAAAAAUUAUCCCAAAAUUGCUUGUGAGCAGUUUGAACAGAAUCAAUUUCUUCCUUCACCCCAAAUUUGUUUAGAGCAGUUCACAGAAACACCCAGAUUUAAAUUCAGAUUUACUCAGUCACACAAAACUUAUUGGCAUCAAUGCUGAAUUAGUGCAUAAUGGGGGAAAAAAAAAUUAAUUUCAACCAAACUAUUGUUUUUCUAUGAUCAGAUGGAAGGUGUUGACUUCUGGAAAUGUUUCUUAUAUGAACAGAGACAACUCAAAUGAAAAGCUCUGCUUCAGGCAUGUGAUUCACAUAUGAGUUCAGCAAUCAGUUUAAUGGAGAAAAGAAAUGUGUUGAAUGUGCAUGUUUUUUUGAGGUAGAUCCACUGAGACACAAGAGCAGAAACGUCUCACUCGCUUUGAUGUAAUGAAUGAAAAACGCAUAAUAAAAGUUGAAAACACUUCAUGGGUUUUGCCAAAACAA